GUGCGAAGCAACCAUGUGAAUAGAACUGACAUUCGGCAGAAGAGCGAACACCGAAAGGUUUCUGCCGUUGUUCCGCCGUUAAAUACCUUUCUCGGCAUCGACCAUGUGUUUUGAAUUCUCAAACUUCUGUUUGAUUCUAGGCAGCUCCACGUUUUAAAGAGAGAAUCGAUUCAUUUUCAGAGAUCUUCAUGUUCAUAGCUAGGGCUCGAAAGUUGUAAUUUCAGGAGUAUGCUAAGUAGAUGUGUUCUUAGUAAUCAAAAGUAGUAAUCAAAGUAAUCAAAUGUGUUCUUAGUAAACAAAAAGCAUAUGUUUGAUUGAAAAAUAUGCUUUCAAAGUGAAAUUUUAACGCUGGAUGGAAUUUCAAGAAAAGAAUUUCCGAAUAUUUCUAGAAGAAAUGUUUCGGCUUCCCAAAUAUAUAGCGAUUUGCUUAAAGUUGUCUAACAACCAACCCUAUAUAUUACUUAUGGUGAAACUACUUCCAAUUCUAUAGCGCUGUGUGGUAUUUCAUUAGCAUGUUACAGUGUUUCAAUCCUGGAAACAUUUCGUCAACAGUAAAUUAUUGACUCGAAGUUUUUGCACAAUAUAGUGUUUUAAAACUUGCCAAAACUUGGAGUGGUUUUCAAAAACCAGAAAAAUAAUUGAAUAGUUAAAGCUCAAUAUUUUAAGUAUUUUAGUACUCCAUUUAGUUAUCUCUAGUCAGCUAGCUAUUUUAGUUAAUCCUGAGACAUAUUUAUUGUUGUUAGGUGCGUUUUCUGUUAAAGAGGCAUUUCUAGUCAAUUGUACUUAAAAUGAUUUAUUCUUUUUACAUAUUUGUUCCUAUGGGAUUUUCAUAAACGCCUAGUCUCCAAAUCAAUCUUAUUAUUCAUCUCAAUUAAAAUUACUGUAUAGUAAUAAUAUACCUGUGCCAUACUAGCAUUUAUUGUGAAUGAACACAAAAUAGAACCAUGCUUUACCUGUUUUUACCGUUUUUGCUGCUUCCAGUGGUUUGCAAAGCUUGCGCGCUUCUGCCAGACGACGCCAAACCAAAAGGUCUUGAAGAACGAUCUUUGGAUUCAGAAAUCGUUAUUGCAGCUUAUACAAGAGCUGUGUACAGAACUAGAAACAAUACUACUAGUUACAGUGCAGAGUUUUUGGUGUUCAACAUCAUUAAAGGAGAAGAGCAUGUUGUGGAAUUGUACCAGAAGCGAAAACCAUCUGAAUUGGAGACUGUGCUUAACAGAAGAUUAGUGAAUGUGUCCAAUUUCGGAGAUCCCGGUAAAUGUGACUCCGAUGUCAAUCCCAAUGAAACUUACAUUCUGUUUCUGGAUGUACUUGUAAAUGGUGAACUCACAGCCAGAUAUGACGGGGCUUACGGUCCAGCUGUUCUGUACAGCAGAGAUAAGGAGAUGGCUUUAGAAGCAAUCGGUUUGAGCCCUUGGACAGAUUGGAGUCCAUGCAGUGGAUCUUGUGGAGGAGGAAUCCAACAGAGAAGACGGCAAUGUGAAGAAAGCAUUAAAUGUUCGAAUGAAGAAGGACAACAACGAACAUGCAAUAUGUUUCCCUGUCAAGGUAAGAAUAAGAUUUCGCCUCCUUAACCCCUUCCUUCUCGCUCCCGUGAAAAUG